UGCUCUGCCUCAUAUUGUUCUCUCUCGCUCAAUUUAUGCGAUUUAAUCAGCAAAUUACAAACAAAUAAAACUUUUCAAUAUUUUACUGUCAUGUACUUGUAUCCCAAUGUAAGCAGCAUGUUUUAUUUAUUUAUUUUUGUCUGUGCACCACCUGUGUAAAAUGUCCCAGUCCAUUAAAUCAAGUGCACCAAUCCCCACUGUGUUUUAGAAGUAGACGCGCAUGUGCGCUGUAUCAAGUCUYCUGUCAUAAGUUCUGAACCRGACCGGACCGCACUGCCUCACCCCAUCACUCUGGGCUCUGGUGUGUGUUUGAAAUGUGCCGACUCAACUUGGGCAGGAGCGACAACCAGGAAACAGGGUAAUGGGAGGGACAAACCCACUACUCUUGUGUUCCGCUUCAACAGGAGCAGAGUGAAGCAUGUCAUUCGGAAAGAAAGACCCGCGACUCACAGAAUUUAGCCCAAAGUCGCUUAUAAUAAGCGGACCAGGAAACACUGCUUGAGAGAUUCAUCUCAAGUGAAGGUUAUCUUUCUUUAACACUUCUGAAAGGUGGCUAUUGCCUUUAAUAAGGUUGUUGUGUACCUUUUUGUGUUUUCAGUAACACUUUUCUGCUUUUCUCAACAAGCUAAAAACAUGAACACGGUGUUGAAACCCCUGUUUGGUGCUAAUCCUGUCCCACAGGUGCGCCCCUGGUUUCUACGGCAACCCCAUGGUUGUUGGCAGCAGGUGCCAGCCCUGCAGGUGCAACGACAACACGGACCCCAACAUGCUGUUCACCGACUGCCACCCCCUGACCGGAGAGUGCCUCAGCUGCAUGCACAACACCGCCGGACUGCACUGCCACGUCUGCGCUCCGGGGUACUAUGGAGACGCCAUCGGGGCCAAAAACUGCACCAAAUGCAACUGUUCUUCCUGCGGGACAGAAUCAUGCGACCCUCACACGGGGCAGUGUCACUGUAAACCUGGAGUCACAGGACCGCGCUGCGAACAGUGUCAGGUGGGCAUGUUUGGCUUUAGCUCAUGUUCUGGCUGCCGUCAGUGUGAAUGUGAUGCUUCAGCUGCACUUGUGCAGCCUUGUGAGUCUCAGAGCGGUCAGUGUGCCUGCCAGCCUGGAGUCACCGGCCCGACAUGCAGACAGUGUGCUCCCGGGUACUGGGACUAUGGACCCGACGGCUGCAAGAAAUGUGAUUGCAGAGGAGGUCACUGUGACCCCCGAACAGGAGACUGUCGCUGUCCUGAUGGGAUGACAGGAAAACAGUGUGACAUCUGCACUCAACAACACACUGUUCCUGUGGAGACCAAGCAUGGUGUGCACUGUGAAA